GCCGCCGGGCGGCCGGACAGGUCGCUCCCUCGGGACGAGGCGAGCGGCUUCCAAGCGCGCACGGAAAGCUUCGGCGUGUGGAUGUGGAUGCGGGCAGGGUUUCAGCUCGCUGGGUUGUGCAGAGGCGGAGGCGCGAGGGCUUUUUCUGCUGCUGAUGUCAUUUCUCUCUUCCGUAGGUGCGCGAUGUCGAGCAGUGGGCAGUCCCCACAGCCUUCCCCGCCGGCUCGGAGCGUCAUGUGCCAGUAUGAGCAGUAAGAGGGAAAAGCGCGCUUUGGAGCUCAGCAUCCCCGCGAGAAAAAAGGAGGAACUGAGUGGAGAGGACGAAUGACUGUACUGCUUGCAAAACUUGUAGCGGUUCACUUUUUCUCCUGAGGAGUUUUGACUUGGCUGCUGUGAGAGCUGAAAGAGCAAGCGGAGCUGCAGCAGUGAUUUACUCGUGGUCCUUCUUCUCUGCUGUUACUUAACUUUUUUCCCCCUCGUGCCCGGAUUUAAGACUACCAGCUGCACUGUUUGCAAGCAGUGGACACCAAUAUGUGUCAUGUCAUUGUAACGUGUCGGUCAAUGCUAUGGACUCUCCUGAGCAUCGUCGUGGCUUUUGCGGAGCUCAUCGCUUUCAUGAGCGCGGACUGGCUGAUUGGCAAAGCCAAACCGGUCAGCACCGAUGACAUGGACAACAGAACGGGAGGGCCGCAGGAACCCUACCGCCCGACCCUGGGCAUCUAUGGGCGCUGCACAAGGAUCUCUCACAUGCAGCUCUCCAGGCGAGAUACGCUUUGUGGCCCUUAUGCUGAAAACUUCAGUGAGAUUGCCAGUGGGUUCUGGCAGGCGACCGCUAUUUUCCUAGCUGUGGGAAUCCUGAUCCUCUGCGCUGUGGCGUUUGUGUCUGUCUUUACUAUGUGUGUGCAGAGUAUCAUGAAGAAAAGUAUUUUUAAUGUCUGUGGGCUGCUACAAGGGAUUGCAGGCCUCUUCCUUAUCUUAGGCUUGAUACUUUACCCUGCAGGUUGGGGAUGCCAGAAAGCAAUAAGCUAUUGUGGACAUUAUGCUUCUGCUUACAAACUGGGAGACUGCUCCUUGGGCUGGGCUUUCUACACGGCUAUUGGUGGCACUAUUCUGACGUUCAUCUGUGCAGUCUUCUCGGCGCAAGCUGAAAUCGCCACAUCCAGUGACAAAGUGCAAGAAGAGAUAGAGGAAGGAAAAAACCUUAUCUGCCUCCUUUAAUUCCGAUGGGAAAAAAUACCAGUGCCUGGAUAUUAAUUUGCUAUCCACGGACUCGAGGUGAUCCACUUACCAGUUUCCACAGUUUGUGUGAUUGAGCCCCAUGCAUUUCAGCCCUGAACUACUGAAAUGGUCUUUCUUCCUUGUUGGGCAGUGAGGAUCAGAAAAGAUCCCAAGAAAGGAGAAUGUAAACACUUGGGGAUUUUUUAGUUUCAUUAUAUUAUCAGGACACUGUGGAGUAUAUUAAUCAGAUUGGGGAUGUGAGGAAUCAUAUAUAUAAUGGGGAUAUUAUUACAUAGCUGACAAAUUCUGAUUGAUUGGAUUGCCUUACCAACCUUGGUCACUUUAAAAAAAUUGGAUUUAAAAUAAUAAAAGCCAGCACAUUUUUUUUUCUUUAACACAACCAAGAACACAACCUAUUUUAAUUAGGCAUUCUUUCCAAGGGCUCCCCUCACCUGUGAAUCUUUCACCACCACCUGACUUGGUACCAUAUUUUUGAGGUGCUUUUUCAUACUGAACGUCCUUAAAGUACAGUGCCUUCUCAGAGAGUAAGUAUGCGAUGGAGAGAUCAAAGCUGACAUGAUGCAGUUCACACAAAUCUGUCAACAGUUAAGGCUGAAUACCUACCACAUCUCCUGCUUGAAACUUUACAACACAAGGUGUGUGACCCUUGUCUAGCAGGUUAAUUAUUUUGUUUUCACUGACCCAGUAGAGAUGCUGUUGUUAACACUGGUUUUUCACUUGAAUCUGAUGCAACUGUUAGAAAUACCAUUUUACUGUAUGUUGAAACAGCAACUCUGCCUUUAUCUGAAAUCCCCCAAAUCCCAAGCAGAUGAUAAUUCCCCAGAGCACAGCUGGGCAUUAUUUUGUGAAUGCCAACAGCUAGAGCUGGGCUUUAGCCUCUUGUAUAAGUGUUCAUCAAAUGCUGGGCUUCAAUGGUAUUAUUCUUCCUUUUGCCUUUUGUGAAACUUCAUUCCUAGUCUGCAGAUCGGUUUCAUGUCCCAGAACCAGCUACAUCCUUAAGAAAUUUACAUUUUUCUGGAAGUCAUGCCAAAUUCUUAAUGGCUGUGAAGACCUUUUCCAAUUUUUUGAACCACAUGUAGCGUGGAACCUUUUCCAACUAAAUCAGCAGAAAUAACAGACCUUGCCGCAAAUGACAUUCCUUUCUUAAAAACAGUCGGUUGCAUUACUUGUGGUGUCCCAUCACUUACUAGAACUACUUGUAAAAACAAAUUUAAAAGGUAUUUAAAAAAAAAAAAGGAAUGAUGCAACUGUGGCACAGAAGCACUAGGAAGAAUUCAUCAGAGAAGUAAUUCUCAUGAACUUUAAUUGAAUUCCUCUUCUUAUUUCUUGGUGCAUGUUUCACAUCACACGUUGCUUUCUAUCACUGGAGCCUGGUCAGUCUAUCAAAGUGUGCUGUUAGCUAUUUAUGGAUAUUAACAAUCGUAACUGUACAGAUAGAAGACUAAUUUCAAUACACUGCUCCUCUCUGGGUGAUUCACAAGACUUGUAAAAGCAGCCACUAGCACAAGCCUGUGGCUAGCCUUGAGCAUGGCUGAGCACUGGUGCUGGAGCACCCCUCAGUGCCUGCUGUGGCCCACAGACCAUGCCUCAGCCCAGCCCACCUGUGGAGGAAGCAGACUCAGCUCCCUGCCAGUGCCCAUCAGCACACAGCACGUGUUCAAGCCAGGUGCUGGACGGAUAUGGAGCUGAUGGCUGAGCCACUGUUCAAAAACCGGGAUCAACUUCUGCCAAUAUUAAAAAGGGAUUGUUUUAAUUUAGCAGCUUCUUGCAUUCAUCUGUUUCUCUAGCCCACCACAGUGUAGAUUUUAAAACGGGUAGUUAACUUUUCUUUAAAAUAUUUAUAAACGGUGUGUAACCACUUAUGCCAAUUAUCUGCAUAUAGCAAAAUUUAUUUUAAAAAAAAAACUUUCGGAACAAAGUGGUAUUUGAGGACAAAAAGUCACAGCCAGCAUGUCUUGACCACACUUGUGGUUUCCUAUUUUUUCCUGGACACAUACACACAUACACACUCUGAAGAACAUGCAUGCUACUUGUUUAGCACAGCUGCAGUGUGAUAGAAAAGAUCCCUUGGUGUUCCUCUUGAGCCCUCUACUGGAGUGCGUACCAGAGGAGGCUGGGGCAUUAGCCCAGCUGUGCUUUUCUCAACAGUAUAAUUGGAAGAGAAGGGCUGGUAAGAAGAAGACUAACUAUAAAUUGGCUAAAAAUUAAUUUUAAAAAUUUAAUUAAUUCCGAGGUUUUAUCAGUUGGAUUUGGAGUUUUAACUUUUCUUAAGUGGGUAGCAAUCCGAUGUGAAUGUUGCCACUGCCAAGACUUCUUGUAACUACGUUACUGAAGUAAAUGCUGCUUUGGCUUGAGCACCUGAUUAGCCAGAACCAAAGUCAGUAUUUCCAAAUGGUAUGGAGGGCACACGCUGCUUAGGCUUAGAAGUAAGCAGUGAACAACCCCAGUAUACACUGCUAUGAUCUAAAACAUGCUUAAAAUUUUUAAUAUUGGGCUGUUUUGUUUUGUUUUUAAUACUAAGGAAGUAUUUUCAGUGGCAUGUUUUGCUUUUGUUUUCAUUUGUAACCAAGAAGAGCCAGCUUUUCUGCUUGUUGCUGAUAUGCUAUCAACCUGCUCUGCAACGGCAUAAUCAACUAACUUGCAAGAAUAUCCACGUUCAUCACAUAGCACACAGACAGAUGGAAGACGGGCUGGGAAGAAAUACAGAAAAACAAUAAUCAGAAUUUCCUUUCUCAGGGUUCUGUUUUUCUGGCAAUUGAUAAGGUGUUAUGUAUGGCCGCUUUUUUUCUGGAUGAAGUUUUCAGAUGUAGGGUGCUUUUAUUAAAUCUGACAGCUGUUUGAAGUUGUUCCUGACUGUCACCUGAACAGCAGCUUUCAAAGAUGUUUAGAAAAAAAAAGAAAGAAAUCAGAUAAAAACUAAUUUAAUUAAUUUCAUGAGGGGGGCUGCAGAGCGUAACUGCUUCUUAAUGUACAUGCACUGCAUAGGAUCUAGAAGACUUUGCUGUGGAUUCUUUAAAACCUGUGUGCCAGUUAGCUCAGUUUAACUUUGUUUUUGUGGUAUUGAAGAGUUCUUCAAGCAUCUGUGGUUUGAUCAACUUUGUAAACUUAUAUUCUGUAAAGUGCCAUAGACUUUUUUUAAUUGUAGCAUAUUUAAAUAUAUAUAUAUACACAAAUUUGUGUGAGAUGUGCAAUAACAGGAAUGUCUUUUGGUGGGUUUUGUUUUUUUUUGUUGUUUUUUUGUUUUUUGUUUCUUUUGUUUUUUUUUUUUGGUUGCUUUUGCUAUUGAACAGGAUAUUUGAAAAGGGACUUCCCAGGGAAGAAUUGGUGUGUGUUGGUGGUGUGGACAGACUAAGCAUAGAAUAAUGCAAUACAGUUAUGGAUUCUGAAGAUGAAUACAUCAUUAACAGUAGUUAAAGAUCUAACAAAAAUCUCUUCUAGGGUGAUUUAAUCUACAUAAUACAGACAGUUGAAAUGUGAAGCUGUAGCUAUUUCUAGCGUAUACAAUCUGAAAGCUGAAAAGGCUCAGCACGGUUUCUCAGUGUGAUUUAUUUAUAAUGUGGCAUUGCAAAAAAAAAAAAAAA